AUGCAACCGUAUCAAGCCUACACUUUCGACGAUGGAGCCAAAGGCCAUGAAACUAUGCCCACACAGACGACCAGUGGCGAGUAUCAGCAGCUGCUCACAUGUGACUUUCAGCCCCCGAACCCUCAAAUUCUAGCGCAGGCGCAACCACAACCGCAAGGCUACCAUCAACAGACCAUUGCAUCGUUGCUGCUGUCGCAAACAUUUGCAUCGGAGCCGUCCCUUGAACCUAUUCGAGCUCAGAUUCUGUCCCCUCAGAUGCAGACACAGACGGUGCAAGUGUCUUCUUCGCUCUGUUGGAGCGGCUGUAAGAACCUAAGGAGCCUCCGGUGCGAGCAGACAUCGCAACCAUCGCGCAGGCGGAGCCACCCCAAGGCCUUUGGGUACGACUGUUCUCAUCCGCAGCAACUUCAGGCAGAUGUUGGCAGUGCUGGUACUGCGAUUCCUGACGAGCUCACACCACUUUCUCAAUAUGUUCAAUUGCAACCUGGUGCUCUUUCUCAUCACGUCCGAUCUCAGUGUGCGUUUCCGCAGCAUGCGAAACCAGGACAGGUGUUCCCCACCUUACCUUCACAAUCACAGUAUCACCACCAUAGUCUGCCCUACCUGCCGCGUGCCCGGAAAGCGCAGCGCGCACGGUACGGCGAGGAUACUUCAUCUGCCGAAGAGGAUGGCCCUCCAAGUGUAGUCGGGCAGCCUGGCAUGCCCGAUGCAGCCGCCCUGCAGAAGGCCCCGAAGCUGAAGUUUACUUCCAAAGAUGAUGCGCUCCUCGUCGAGCUCAAAGAGACGAAGCAUCUCGAAUGGAAGCAAAUCGCCGAUUUCUUCCCCGGUCGCAGCUCUGGUACCCUACAAACACCUCGACGGUCGGCUCGAACAAAGUCACGAAGAGGCAAGCUAGACCCGAUUUUCCGCGGCGCAACAUGGGACGGCAGCGUCGUCAAUCCAACCAACCCCAUGCGCCGCGACACCGUUCUCAUUCCGCCCUAUGGCUUCACCGCAAUACAGUUCGAGCUCGACGACCCCGGCGUCUGGCCUUUCCACUGUCACCUCGCCCGGCACCUGAGCGGCGGUCACGGCAUGAACAUCGCCUACAAAUACGACGAGAUUCUCCCGAUACCUAACGGUCUUAUUGACGAGGCGUGUGUUAAUUAA